GACUCACUCUUCAUCAGUUUAUUUAUAUUUAAUUCUUUGGUUAGUCUUUUUUGUUUGGAAUAUGUUUUUGAGGUUUAUGCGUGGUUCGAGCACCUCCAAAAUUAUGUGUUUAGCGCGGGGUGGUGGCUAUGGCUACACUCCAACCACUUGCCAAUCGCUCCACCCCGCAGCACUGCAACUUCACCGCGGGGUGUGCCACAUGUCCAGGAGACGCCUCCGUUGGAAGCUCGGGAUGAUGCAGUUGCUCAGCGGACUGAGGCACCGUUACUGCCUGUGGCGCCUCCGCCGCCUGCUGGGCGUGGCCUUCGACGAGGGCGGAUUCCAGGAGGGCACCCGCCAGGCGGCGGCCACCAUGAUCGAGGCAGUGCGUCAGGCGGAUUGGCCCUGCAUCCGAAGCUGCUGCACGGAGCGCGGAUCGGCGGAUAUAUACGGGUUGUCCCAGGUGCGCAGUUCCUACGGCAGCUUGGUGCGCUUCCAGAGGGAGCACCUGAGACAUGCCCUUCCGGUGAGAGUGGUUCGUCGGUGGAUCGACGGACGCUGCUAUGUCCUGGUGGACAUGCUCUUCGUCGGCCUGCGGAAUCUGCUGGAUCUUGGUAGUGCCGAGGAGAAGCAGCAAAUGAUCCAGCGGAUUCAGGGCGUCCUGGCAGAUUCGCAGAUCGAAGAACAGUUCGAUCCGAACAAUUGCCGACUAGCUAUAGCCGAACUGGUGCUCACCUUCUGCAAAGAACUGGGGGAAUCCUCCAGAGUGGAUCCUCCAGAUUCGGAAUCGGAAUCGGAUUUAGUUCAAGAUAUGGCAAGUGAAGAGCAGGAGAAUGGCUGGCUAGUGGACUCCUACAAAGUGCACCGCUUCAAGCUGGUUAGCUUCAGUCCAAAAACACUCAACUUUCGCGUUAUAGAAUUUAUGAAACCGGUUCAGCAAAAGUAACCCGAAUUGUCUGUGUUCAUAAGGUGUUUAUAUUGAGGCACUCUAAGCAACUGCAGUCACGUGCCAAUCAAUGCUGGUUCAACGAUCGCCAAAACCGAAUAAGCAUUAUUUUUAACCGACUGCGAACAUUACGCGACUCAGGUCUGAAGAGAACUGAUCGGUCUGGAGGGCAACCUGAUAUAUUUAAAGCCUGACUUCGAGAGGUGUGUUGUGUGUCAGCUUUCACUGUAAUUUUAGUAAAGUUUUUUCUA